ACAUAUAAGUAUACGUUGAAGUUUUUCUGUUUUCAGCUAAUACCAGUAAGAAAAACUCAUUUCUUAUGUGUCCUUUAACUUUUUUUGAUAAACUAUUAAAAAAUGCUGGAAACACCAGUAUACAAGAGAUAAGUCAGUACAUUUCUGCCGACUGCCAUAUUUUUAAACAAAAUAACAAUUGCAAGGGGAGUAUUGGAUAUUAUUACUCUACAACGAAUGAAGGCUGUUAUAUAUACAAUAUAAAUCCAGCAUUGGCAAUUAUAUUAAAUCAUCAAACUUUUGAAAAAUUAGCCAAAUUCCAAGCUAGAUAUGCCAGCAAGUACGAUAUUCUUAGCCUGCAAAGGACAUUUACGAAUAAAAGGAUUCCGUAUAUAACAGUGAAAGAUGGUAGUGCAUAUCAAGUAACAAAACUCAUGGAAACAGUUGGUAGCAUUGACUUCACUGGUUUUAAACAAUUAUAUAUUAUAAUAAUGUCACAUGGUACAAAGGGUGAUAUUAUACAUACAAAAGAUGGUUGUUACAAUAUCAAUGACACAGUUUUAAGUCCAUUAUUGCGAAAUGAAACAUUAAAACCCAUACAAAAAUUGAUUAUAAUCAAUCCUUGCCGCACUGGAGAUAUGGAAUCUGAUUUAGUUCAAGUCUCUCCGCUACGAUUACCACAAAAUCUAACAAUAAUGUACAGCGCUGCUAAAGAUAGGGAAUCAUAUCUGUUUAAGAGUGGGGCCUUAUUUAUACAAAAAUUUUGUGAAGAUUUUGAAAAACCUUUUACUGUAUACAGUUUAGGUAAUAUUUUUGAAAGACUUAAAAUGAAACUAAGCAUAGAAAUGGAGUAA